AGCGUCAAAAUGUCGCCAUUUUUUAUAAUUUUCGUAGUCAUACCGCUUUCUUACGCAACUUUUCACGAUUUCAAGAGCUAUAAAGAUUACAAAGUGUACAGUAUUGAAGGAAAUAAUGAGAACCUCUCAAAAAUUAUGGAAUUCCUAAACAGUAUGGCAGAAAUACCGUUUUACGACAUCCGUAAUUCUAGAGCAGAAGUAAUGAUUGCACCGGAAUUGGAUAGCAUUUUCUCAAAUGCCACAGAUUUGUUUCGUUUGAAGAAAAAAAUAAUAGUAAAUGAUUACUCCGAAAUUAUUGCCGAAGAAAAAGGGGGAAGCCGUAAGGACUCACAAUUUUCCUGGACAGCAUAUUACGAUAUUGAUGGUAUUUAUGGAUACCUAAAAAAUAUGAGUACGAUCUACUCGAACUGGACGGAGCUGGUGGAAGGUGGACAGAGUUACGAGGGUCGGAAGAUACUAGGGUUGCGGAUAAACACGCCAACAGACGUGGACAAAGUCAAAAACAUCGUGUUUAUAGAAUCAGGUAUCCACGCCAGAGAGUGGAUCACCCCAGCCACGACAACUUACUUCAUCAACCAACUGCUGACCAGCACUGACCCGGCCAUCACAUCGCUGAGGGACCAGUUCGAAUGGCAGAUCUUUCCGUCUGUUAACCCUGACGGCUACCAGUACACUCAUAAGAGGGAUCGAAUGUGGAGAAAAACGCGUUCAAAGUCAUCAUUUUUCUGCCACGGUGCAGACCCUAAUCGCAACUGGGAUUAUAACUGGGGCCAGUACGGGAUAUCAACUGACCCGUGCAACUACCAGUUGUACGCUGGUUCGCAGCCGUUCUCUGAAGUAGAAACGCGAACACUCUCUAAGUACAUAGCUGAGCUGGACAACAUAGUUGCUUAUAUCGCCUUCCACGCUGAUGCUCAGAUGCUUCUGGUACCGUACUCCGACUCGGUAGAACACACGAGUAAUUAUGACGAUUUGAUUAAAAUUGGAAAAUCUUCUCUUGAAUAUGGUGAAAAAGUCAAUGGAGAAAAGUAUGAUGGUCCAGCGACUGCUGCAGAAAUUUUGUACAAAGCUUCAGGCGGCAGCAUGGAUUGGGUCCGCAACCAACUAGCGACUCCUUUAGUGUACACUUACGAACUCCGAGGCACCUACUUCCAUUGGCCACCGUCCAAGAUCUUCGAGCAAGGAGACGAGGUCACCCAGAUGAUGGUGGGGCUCUUCAAUGAAGCCUGCAACUUGGGUUAUUGUUAAUUGAGAAGAUUUGGCUGAAGAAGCUGAGCGUUGCCCAUUAGUCUUUUCAAGACUGUUGGCUCUGUCUACCCCGCAAGGGAUAUAGAUGUGAUUAUAUGUAUGUAUG